AUGGCGACCCUGCAGAACUCACCUCCCCUCCACAGGACCCUUGUGCUCAACUCUUUCACUAAGUUGCAUAAGCAAAGCACAUUCCAUUGCUGUAGAAGAAGCAAUUCGUUCUUGGUAAGAGCAGAGCAAACUCCAGCAUCUUCAACAUGCUCUCCUUCUCAAGAUAGAUCUAGGAGACGCCAAGUACUAGCUGCAGGGACAAUUGCCUCUUGGGUUUUUCUAACUAAUCAACAUUCUGUGUCAUUUGCUGCAGAAAAUAAAAAGGGAUUUCUGCCAGUCACGGACAAGACAGACGGGUACGAAUUUGUUUAUCCCUUUGGGUGGCAGGAAGUAACAGUUGAAGGUCAAGACAAGGUCUUCAAGGAUGUCAUUGAGCCAUUAGAGACUGUAAGUGUGAAUGUCUUCCCAACCGUCAAGCGAGACAUUAAGGAAUUCGGGUCCCCGCAACAGGUGGCUGAAACUUUAAUCAAGAAGGUUCUGGCUCCUCCUACCCAGAAAACAAAACUGAUUGAGGCAGUAGAGCAUGAAAUUGAUGGGAAAACAUAUUACACUUUCGAGUUCGUUGCGAAGGCUCCAAACUAUACUCGCCAUGCUCUCAGCACGAUAUCUAUUGGCAAUGGCAAGUUCUUCACUUUGACCACUGGGGCCAAUGAGAGGAGGUGGGGUAAGAUGAAAGACAAAUUACACACCGUCGUUGAUUCUUUCAAAAUCUUCAAAGUCUGA